UGUGUCUAUGACAUUGACUGGUUCAUGCGCUUACUCUGACCUGUCCAGUGCAAUGUUCCACCAAUGUGCCAGUGACUAUGCAUGUAAACCAUGGACGAUUUCAACAAAGUUGACUAUCAAAAGAUGAAAAGUAUUAAUAUUAUCACGACAUUAGCACUAGCAGGGAAAGCCCCAAUUCCAAACAAAUGUCAAAUGUGCACACUCGGAACACAUGGACAUCACUGUCAUCAGAAGGCCAAAGCCACUGUGUCUGUGACCCUUUGUUCCAGCACAUCCAGUUGUCUUUCCUGACUACUCUUCAAAGAUCAGUAAACACUGGACACAAGAGAUGUCUCAACCUCACUGCAGUUGUCCAGAAAAACAUAAGAGCUGGUGUCCCCAAGACCACCAUCAAUAAGAACAAGCCACUGACUUAUGAAGAAGCUAAUGCUCCAUAUCUAAUAGGAGUAAGAAAAUCGUGGAAUUCAUGGAACACUAGCAACUUGUACGAGGGAGAACGUUCUGCUUUGACCAACUUUGAGGACGUGUUCAUCAGAAAAUUUGUAGAAGGGACAUUUCCAAGACUGUUCCAAUCACAGAUUAUCAUAAAAAGACGGCACAAUGUUGUUUACAUAGGAGGACUUGUAUUCCAAGGAAUUUCGGCAAGAAAGAUGUACUUUUUGGUUGGAUACACUGAGGAGUUACUCUCCUAUUUUCUGAAAUGUCCAGUCAAAAUGGAGAUACAGACUGUGGCAUCAAGGAAGGAUGUUGUUUUUAAAUAUAUAUAGAGCUUGUAAAUAUGUUUUGAUUAAAAUAAUCUGAAAAUACAGAAAGCAGGCUUCAUCCUGAUUGCAUAAAUCGCAUAAGAACAUGACUGAUGUGUAAAUUCACACAAAAAAGUGAUUGCCGAACCACAUAAAAGCAGGAUUAAUAUACUGUAAAACAUUGUAAUAAUACUUUUUUUGCCAGUGUUUUUGCUAGUAAAUAAAAGUUUCAUUUUCUGUAUUUU